AUGAUAAUUCGACUGCUGAUGAUAUGCUCUACUAAUGAUUACAAAAAGGAUGAAUUAGAACGAUUGAAAAAUGUACUACGUGAUAACGGAUAUCCGGAACAUAUAAUAAAGAAAGGAAUUCGUGAAGGUGAAAUUGUAACUAAAAACAUAAUCAAAAAACAACAACAGCCUACACAGACAAAUGCACAAAUACCAGCUCCUACUAAGAAACGAACUAUGUUCUUCACUCUUUCGUACUAUGGUCAUGAAUCUGAUAUACUAGCAGAAAGAUUGAAGAAGAUCAGUAGAAAACUUUUGCCAACAAUUCAGUUAAACAUUGCAUUUCGAAAAACUAUGACACUCAAAGCAAUUUUCUUACCUCUUCAAAAAGGUAAAGACGAAUCGAGAAGUACAAUGAAGCUGGUAUACAAAAUUCCAUGCAAAGACUGUAAUAUUUCAUAUAUUGGAGAGACAGGACGUCAACUGACAACACGAAUGAACGAGCAUCAGAAAGAUAUAAGGAAAAAUACAUUAACGUCAGCCGUUGCACAACAUGCUAAUUCGAAAUCACAUUCAUUUGAUUUCGAUAAGGUAGAAAAGUUAGCUUAUGAAAGCGGUUGGAGAAAACGAACUAUUAAAGAGAGUUUAUAUACUCAGUUUGCAUAUGGUACAUGCUCGCUUUCAAACGGUGGGUGUGAUGGAAAUGCUACGUGCUCCAUUGGACAAGGAAAUGUUGUUGUAUGUACAUGCAAUCCGGGCUAUGUUGGUAAUGGAACAACUUGUCAAGGAAUAUGCUCGCUUUCAAACGGUGGGUGUGAUGGAAAUGCUACGUGCUCCAUUGGACAAGGAAAUGUUGUUGUAUGUACAUGCAAUCCGGGCUAUGUUGGUAAUGGAACAACUUGUCAAGCGUAUUUUCGAUUUUGGCAUUGUGUUCAGAACAAUAUGAUGGGCGCCGUACUCGCUACGUCGGCCAACACCGUGGCAAAAUCCGACAUCGAAGGUGCCACAGUCGUGAAAAGUCUGACUACAACGGCCGAAUUGCAUACACCACCAUUGAUUUAUCCAUGUUAA